AGCUUUUAUCGUUUCACGAUUCACCGAGCUCCUUGACUGGCCAACCAACUACUCACGACAAGUCGCCCGUCCAUCAAGAUGCCUGAGCAGCCUCCUGCCUUGGGCUUCGAGUGUGUCACUUUCGCAGGUUCCGACGCGUCCAACGCGUCCGACCCCCCCACCGGCGUGGCUCAAGACAUGGCUCAUGCUUUCGAAGGUGAUUGUAUCUACAGCUAGAAUCCAAUCACCUGUACAAGUCCAUGAGCAUGCUAAUCUGAACAUGGUGUAGUCGGCCAUAUUGAGCAGACCGCCACCGGUCUCGAAGUUCCCGUCGCGUCUGACGCGUCCGACGUACCCACUGGCGCCGCUCAUGACAUGCGUCAUGCUGAUCAAGGUGAUUGUAUCUACAGCCAGAAUCCAAUCAUUUGUGCAAGUUUAUGAGCAUGCUAAUCUGAACACGAUGUAGUCGACGAUGAUGAGACAAAGAAGGCCGCCGCCAAGGCCGAGAUGGCAGCCUUCCUAGAGGCUUGGCGUGACCCGGACCGUGCCCCAGCCUCGCUCACCACUGUACCGGAUGAGAUCUUGCUCAACAUUGUCGAUGCUCUCAUCACCAGCUCGCUUGAUGAUGAGACUCCUGGAACCGCCACUCUGCCAGCCAACCCACAUGAUCCUUGGUGGUCAGACCCGCUUUACAACCUGCACUUAACUUCGAAGCGCUUCUACGACUGUUUCGAACCCUACGUCUACGUAAACGUUGGGCUGUAUUCCGAUUAUGCUGUCAAGUCGUUCGUUGCCAAGCUGCUUAAGGAUCCGAGCAUUGGUUACGCUGUGAAGCGUAUAGAGUUCAUGAGUCAAGACCUAGCUAUUGUGGACUUGGGCAAUUUCAUGGACUACUUUCUACGCCUGAGCUCCGCUGAGCUUCUGAACUCUGUUCGUCUUGAGGGCACUGGCCUAGACUGCGUAAAGGAUCUGGGCGUCUCAAACCCUUCCGCGGAGCUAGGCCUCAUCAUGAUGCUCACUCCGAACCUGCAGACAUUCCUCCUCAACGGCUCGGUCUACAUGGACCCCAACAUUGCGCGCAACCAGAUCGGGACGUGGAAUUACGACCAGCUCCGAUCCCCGCAUGGCAAGGCAAUGAAAGGAAUAGCCCUAGGCGAAUCUACCUUCACUCGAUCCGCUCUGACAGUCACGAACACUUUCAGAGCCUUGAAGAACAUCACCAUCUGCUUAGACGGUAUUGUCAUGGCUGACCUUACUCCGAUCUUCGCGCUCCCAUCGCUCCGCCGCUUUGCCGGCUUCGGCCGCCUGUCUGGGAAACAGGGUGAUGACACGGCCUGCGCUGUUCCAAAGUCGUCUUCAAAUAUUACGUCUCUCAGCCUGAAGCGCUUCUAUGCCGGCAUGGACAACUUGAAGAACCUCGUUGAAGGUUGCAAGCGUUUGGAGGAGCUUGAUCUGCACAUCCCUUAUACGGAGGACGACAUCGAUGUGCACCAUCUGUGCCGUAUCGGGCGCCACCACUUUGAGUCUCUACGCCUUCUUGGUCUCGACUUCUAUUCAACAGUUCAUGGCUCGCUUGGCAAUCUUGGAGAUCUGAAGGACUUCAAACUGUUGGAGCGAGUGCAUCUUCCACCAAUGGCAAUUGCACAGGGAUUGGACUCUCAGCCACAAUUCAACCUCGCUACCCAACUACCCCUUCACGUCACGGCUGUCGACCUAUACGGCUAUUCAACCGAGGACGACAUGGUGGACCUGCCGAUGAUGUUUAUUACCCAGCUGAACCUUCUUGCAACGCUCUGGGAAUCACUCCAGGAACCAAUCCAACCAGUUGCGCGCACCGUCCUCGUUCACGAGUCGGCGUUCGGCACGUACUUCAUCGAUGGCCAAGACGUGGACCAGUUGGAUCACGACUUCCGUCUUGCUGGCGCGACUCUGACGGUCUGCGACGACUUCAUCGACUUGUAAGGUACGGUAUAUCUCUUCCCUUCUGUCUUUCUUCACCUUUGCCUUGGGCUUUGUGGUUGGAGGACAUUGCUUUGACUCUUGAUUUUGCUUUGAUUCUUGUGACUGCGUGACCACCGACCCUGGAUCUGAAUGGCAUGGCAACCGACUCUGACGGUUGGCUCCCGUCUUCGACAACCUUCUGGAACCGGACUACUAACUUUCGGUACUGUUGGGGGAACUUGAAGUUGAUCCGGCAAUUGGGAGAAUUGGUCACUUUGGCACAUGUUUUCGGCGUUUCGUACUGGGG